GCGGAGUAGGCUGCGCCGCCCUCUCAGCUCAGCUCAGCUCGGCGCAUCUCCUCUCUCUCGCUCUCUCUCUCUCUCGGCUGGACGAAGUGCGACCAUUUUGCAGGGGGAGUAAGCGGCCGCUGAGGGCGACGCUGAGGCGGCGGCGGAGGAGGGAGAGGGAGCCAGGCCGGGGAUCCGAGGCCCUGCUCGGCUGGUUUGGCCUCCGCAGUCGCCCAGGGGCCUCCAUUUUCACCGUGCCCCAAGAUGUCUAGGCCCGUCAGGAACAGAAAGGUCGUGGACUAUUCACAAUUUCAGGAAUCAGAUGAUGCAGAUGAAGAAUAUGGCAGAGAUUCAGCCCCUCCAGCCAAGAAAAUCCGUUCAUCACCAAGAGAAGCAAAAAAUAAGAGGCGGUCUGGAAAGAAUUCUCAGGAAGACAGUGAGGAUUCAGACAAGGACAUGAAGGCUAAGAAAGAUGAUUCACACUCAGCAGAUGAAGAUUUUGGCAGUGAGGAUGACUUAGGAGCAGAUGAUGGUAAAGCGGAUAGUGACUAUGAGAGUUCUCAGAAGAACAAAAAAGGAAAAAAAGCCAAACCUGAGAAGAACAAAAGAGCAACUUCCAAAUCCAGGAAAAGAGCUGCAGAUGACAGUGAGGAUGAGAAAGAAGACCACAAAAAUGUGCGCCAGCAGCGACAGGCAGCAUCUAAAGCUGCUUCCAAGCAACGGGAAAUGCUCAUGGAUGAUGUGGGCAGUGAGGAAGAAGAUCAGGAAGAGGAGGAGACAUCAUUUCAGGAAAAAGAUUCUGGCAGCGAUGAAGACUUCCUUGUGGAAGAUGAUGAUGAUAGUGACUAUGGCAGUUCAAAAAAGAAGAACAAAAAAGUGGCUAAGAAAUCCAAACCAGAAAGGAAGGAAAAGAAAAUGCCUAAACCAAGGCUAAAGGCUACAGUUACACCGAGUCCGGUGAAGGGUAAAGGGAAGGGAGGCCGUCCCACAGCUUCAAAGACAUCAAAAGAAAAGACCCCAUCCCCAAAGGAUGAUGAUGAAGAACCUGAAAGUCCUCCAGCAAAGAAGAAAUCAGUUAGUCCUCCUCCAGACAAAUCUGGGGAUGAGGGAUCUGAAGAUGAAGUCCCAUCUGGUGAAGAUUAAAUGGUGGUGUGGGAGAGAAACUUUUUGAGAGAGAGUAAGGAAAAGAAAAUAUACUUAGGGGGUAGAACAUGGUUUUGGUUGUGGCUUGACUCAUGGGCUGUGAAUGCCACCUUUACUUUAGCUGUUUUGAUAGUACGUACAGUUCUUUCUUCUCCUUUUAAAAAAGAGAACCUUCACACAAUAAUGUUUUGAUGUCACAGUCUUUACUGGCCAUUCCGUUCUCCCCAACCAAAUCUGAAAGCCAUUAAGACUUAAAUUAACAGCUAACUAAAGAUAUAUUUUGAAGGCUCACUGCAGUUGUAAAGCAAUAAAUUUAAGGCCGAAACUUGGUGGCUCACAAUUAACAAAUAAUACAGGGUUUUCAAAGCUGGGAAAUUCAUAUAAGCCAACUUGCUUAAAUUGAAUACAAAACCGGUAUAUUAUUGCACGAGCAUCCUUUGUAUAUGAAUUCUUUUGGAUUCCAUCAAGGGUUUAAAGUUCCAGUAUUCUGAAUAUUUGGGGUUCCACAGUCUAUUUUUAAUGGCCAAGGUAAUUUUAAUGACCAUGUAAUUUCUUCUGUAUUUUAAUCUUUAGAAAAGCCCUAUCUGUUCCUGCCAUUGAUACUUUUCAUACUGGCUAGGGGAGCAUUUCAGUUGGUUAAAAGGCUGCCAUUUCUUUCCAGCUUUCUAAAAAUGAUUCAUUGUUGUCAUACUUCUUUUGAAUCUUUACAGACAUUGAAAAGUUUGGUUUCAGGGAGAUAUUCUGGAAGGCUGAUGUCAUUUUUUUCUUUACAAAUGUGAAAACAACUGUCCAUAAUGGCACAGUGUCUAUGUUUCAACCCAUGUACAUUAGCAUUAGUGUUUUUUAUGGUAUGUUCAAAAGUAAGGCUAUUCAGCUUCUGCCAACAAAGAAUAUAAUUUGCCUGUAGCCAGCCCCCUCCAUGACUUAAUUAACUUCCACUGCUUCUGUUCUGAUGGAUGUUGCUUCAUUGCCGGGUCAUACAUGUUUUCUGGUCAGAAGAGAUUAUACCCCUUUGUUAAGCAAGGUACAGGCUGUGAAAUGAAAGACUCAGUUUAUGAACAAUGUAGUAUGGUGCUUCACAAAAGCAAAAUAUCUUUAACAGUGCAAAAUAUAUUCCAGAGAAGCAGUCUGUCAGUUCUGUCAGUUUAAACAGAUAGUGGAUUUUGCAUCUCUAUCCUAAGUAAAGGAAUUGCAGUAUUUAGGGUGAGCUGAAGUGCCAUCUUCCUUACAUUUUUCAUCUUGCACUUUUGUAAUAAACACUGUCAGUCACAAUCUUUCUUUCAAAUGACACUUAUUAUUAGUGAUUUGAAGCCCAGUCCUUUGAUAUUUAUGGUUUAAUUGGUUAAUGAUAAAUGGAUUACAAGCAAAGUAGAUACAAUUUACAAGUAUUCUAUUUUGGGGAUCAGGCCUGUCUGCCCGAUAGCGGAAAGCCAAAGUGAAGAAUGCAUAAGCAGCAAAGUGUCACAGUGGUUAGUUACCUCUUUCUAAAAAACAAAAAGAAACACAUUUAUACAUAUUUGAGCCUUUGCUUGUGCAGAUUAUUUUCUUCUGCUUUUUUGAGCAGCUCUAAUCAGAUCUACAUGACAUGCUAUAAUUUUUCUUGAAGUUGUACAAAGGAAUUCAAGUUCAUUCUGGCUGAUGUUUGGUCAAGAUACUGACAUUUGUAUUUUUGAAUUAGAAUUAGAAAGUAAAAAUUGUUUGAGUUACUUCUUGGAUAGAAGCCAAUCCAACUUGAGUCACUUUUGUCAGUUUUGCAAGGUUUACAUGCUGAGUGAUAUGGAUACAAUGGGCACAAAGACUGUAUUGCUCUUUUCAGAGAGUUGAGUCCAAAAUUGUGGUCUUAUCUCAUACUAAAAUGAAAAGAUGGUCUAGGUUUAGUGUUGGAAUAUGUUUCGACUGUUCAGACGUGUUUUGUAAAAUGUACAUUUUUCUCUUAGCAUUUUUAAGAUAGAGAUAAGCAGAACAGGUAUGAGAAAGCUGUUAAGACUUUUCCUUUGUUUUUUCUUCAGCUUUUUGAAACAGUUAUCACCUUCAAUGAUAUGAAACACUUCUUUCAAAUUCAUGAUGGCAACCGGUGUCUUUGUCUUGAAUCUGUGAAAAACACAAAUAUUGUGUUUUAUUUGGGUUUGCAUAUGUCACCCUAGAAGCAAACAUUUUAGAAGGGCCUGAAAACACUAACAUAGUUAAUAAUGGCUUGGACUUUCCCAUUUGUUCAGUCCAAAGGUGAAAGAAAAGUAUUUCCCCUUGCACUUCUUUUAUCUGUAACAAAAACAUUUUAAACAUUUUUUAUUUUCACUUUUGUUCUCUGCACUCUGUGUAUAUUGCUUUUGAGUGCAGUAUUCUGGGAUACAAUAGCCAUAUCAGUUCAUUACUUUGUUCUAUGGAAUAAGUGUUGCCCGCAAAAAAGUAGAAAUACUCCAGUGUGCAUUCAUCACUCUACAUCAGUUGCUUCCUGAGAAUGGCAGGAUAUUUAAUAUCUUAGUAUUUCUGGCAAAUUUGUUGGAAACCAAAAGUAAAUUUGUUUAGUGUAUCUAACUUACCACUUUUCAAGUAAUUGUGAGAACAGCAAGGGGUUUCAGUGAGGUUUCAAAAAGGGUGUAUAUUUGCGGCUUAUGAUCUGGGCUUGGUCAGAUAAUAGUUGCUAUGCUGAAGAAACAGCAUGCACAAUUUAAAGCUGAUUAUUCAAUCUGAACAUCCAGUUUUGUAAGGACUUAUUCUCUUCAGUGUAAUAUUUUACGACAGACCAAAUGCAAAGAUGUCAUGACUAGUUUGAUCUAACACAAGAAUUGUGUUUAAUCUCCCUCAAUGGGAAGCUGGGGGAUAAUGUACAUUCAUAUAGUCUAUAAAGCUUUCUAGAAUUGUUAAAAGGGCCAGUGUGAUACAGAUGCUGAGUAUCCUCAGUCAUUAUAUGUUUUUACCAAGUACCAAAACAGUUAUGUGGAUUAAAAAUGCAUUACUCCAAGUACAACAAACAGCUAAACUAAGGAGUGGAUCUGGGUAAGGGGAAAAGCUAUAACCUGCUGGAAGCUUAUGAGCUGUAGAAAUCGGUGCUUUUGCUUUAUGUAUUUUUUCUGUGGAGUGUUUAUUUUUUUAUAACAAAUCAUAAUGUUGGCACAUGAUUUUAUAAAAUAAAAAGAAAUUUAAUUCCCAUGAUUUUAGGUAUUUGGGAAAUGAUAUUAGUACUUUGUGGGGGGAGAUUUUUUCCUUCCCUCUUUCAAGUAGCUUUCAGUAGGCUCUCUGGGGCUUGGGUCCAUCUUUUACUGAAAUGUAACCCCCCCCCC